AUGUUGAAAUUCUUGCUCUUUACAUAUAUCUGUACAUUCUUGUUCACAUUAUCACAAGCUGUAAACAGUACACCUGAUGGCAGACGUGGGCUUGCUCGUAUCAUGGAUAUGAGCGCAGCAUCCGGCUUUGACAAUUUAGAUAAAAGAGAUAGAGUGACAUGGUAUUCUGGCCAAGAUCUUAAAAAAGCUGCUUGUUACUCUGGUAGAAAUAACUUGCCUCGUGUGGAUGCUAAGGUGGGCGACAUGAUUGGAGCUAUGGCAAUGCAUGGUUUUGAGCAAUGCUACAAAUGUAUGCAAAUUACAAACAACCGACAAAAGAACAAAAAGAUCAUUGUUCAGAUUAUUGACAAAUGUGCUGCCUGUAAGGUUGGAAAGCAUAUUGAUUUGACGCCAGGUGCUUUCAAGAAGCUUUCUCCAAAGGGUGAUAUGGACGUUGGUGUGCUCGAUAUUAGCUUCAAGCCUGUAAAAUGUCCCUCUGGUGGUAUCUUUGAUGUGCUUGCCAAACUAUUGUAA